CCUUUAAAACACCCUCAUGCAGGUCCAGCAUAUAGCAUUAGCAGGCUACUUACUUGUCUCCUAUCCUCUCAACUUCCAUCCCGGCCACCUUGUGAUCCUGCAAAUUCAACACCAUGUUUCACAAAAACAAUGCCAAAUCAAUUCAGAGAAUUAUGCAGCAAAUCCAUUCAUUUUCAGAGCUCAAGUUCAUCUUUUUGGUUGUUUUAUGUUCCAUGACAAUAUCACCUGCAGCCGCAUAUGAUCCGCUAGAUCCAAAUGGAAAUGUUUCAAUCAGAUGGGAUGUCAUGUCUUGGACAACAGAUGGUUAUGUGGCUUCCGUAACUAUAAACAAUCUUCAAUUGUUUCGGCACUUCAUGAGCCCCGGCUGGACUCUGGGUUGGACAUGGGCAAAGAAGGAAAUAAUUUGGUCUAUGUUGGGAGCUCAGGCCACAGAGCAGGGAGACUGUUCCAAAUUCAAAAUAGCCAUUCCACACAGCUGCAAGAGAAACCCCUCAGUAGUUGAUUUGCUCCCUGAUGCUCCUUUCAACCAACAAUUCACCAACUGCUGCAAGGGUGGUGUGUUGGCCUCCUGGGGCCAGGACCCAACGGCUGCAGUGGCAGCAUUUCAAAUCUCAGUUGGGCUCUCUGGCAGGUCCAAUAAGACAGUGAAGCUGCCGAAAAAUUUCACUUUGCUUGGUCCUGGACCAGGUUACACUUGUGGCCCUGCUAAGUUUGUGCCGUCCUCACACUUCCUCUCGGCUGAUGGAAGGCGGAAAGCUCAAGCUCUUAUGACUUGGAAUGUGACUUGCACCUACUCAAAGUUUCUUGCUUCAAAGAACCCAAGCUGUUGUGUUUCUUUCUCAUCUUUCUACAGCACAAAAAUUGUUCCUUGCCCCGCUUGUGCCUGUGGUUGCCAGAGCAACAACACUUGCAUCAUGAGCAACUCAACACUAUUACAGAAGCCAGGAAUCAACACACCAAGGAAAGACAAUACCCCAUUGUUACAAUGCACAAAACAUAUGUGCCCUGUUAGGGUGCAUUGGCAUCUGAAGCUGAACUACGAGUCAUAUUGGAGGGUGAAGAUUGCAAUAACAAAUUUCAACUUCAGAAGGAACUACAGUCAGUGGACACUAGUUGUUCAGCAUCCAAAUCUCAACAAUGUAACCCAAGUGUUUAGCUUUAACUACAAGUCUCUUCUUCCUUAUCAAGCUAUCAACGACACUGGGAUGUUUUACGGGAUGAAGUUCUUUAAUGACUACUUAAUGGAAGCUGGACCUUAUGGAAAUGUUCAAUCUGAGAUGCUCCUGCAGAAAGACAAGUCUGAAUUCACACUCAAGCAGGGAUGGGGAUUUCCCCGGCGAGUUUACUUCAACGGGGAGGAAUGCAUGCUACCCCCACCUGAUCAAUACCCAUUUCUACCAAACUCUGCAUGUUUAUAUUCUUUUGGAAUUUUGAAAGUUGCAGCUUCUGCACUUUUGAUACUUCGGUGGAUAUGGUGAUCAAUUUUUCCCAGAAACAGAACAACGUUUUUAUCUACCAGUGACAAGAUAUGAGAGGUUAUUAUGCAUCGUAUUAUACUAGCAGUAGAAGCACAAUCUACUUUGGGAUGCUUCAAUUAAUUAGCUGUAGAAAAUACAAUAACUAGUACUACAAUUUAUCUGAAUUCAUAUUGAUCUGUCAACAUUCAACAAUGUCAUCAUCGGUAUGAAACUCUGUUACCUUCAAAUUUUUCUCAA